UGAAGGAAACYGUGCGAGAAGAGAUAGAAGUGGGAGUUAACUUAUCUGUUAUUACUUGAUCCCACUCAGGUAAAGAUGCCUCUAAGAUUAAACACAAAUGGAGUAAUGUUUCACUUGUUUUAGUAAACAGCCGGAGGACUUUACAAGGAUAACCCAAGGAGUUUACAGGACCUGCGAAGUCUCAACACUAGUGGAACAGCAACUCCGGACAGUUUUCACCUGUUAGCCAUCACACCAGCUAACUCAAGCUCUUCGCUUGGAGAAAGAUUUAUCAUCUUAAAUCUUAAAACUGACCUUAAUCAGUCCCGUGAAGAUCAUUUGGGCACCAACCAUCCCGAGGAUGACGUGAAACUUGACACAAGAAGUGAAAUACUUUCUCAGAACGUGUGGCAGAAGUGUCAAAUUAAAAUGUCUAUCACCAACACUCCUACCAGCAAUGAUGCCUGCUUAAGCAUCGUCCACAGCCUGAUGUGCCACAGACAGGGUGGCGAGAGUGAGACGUUUGCAAAACGAGCCAUCGAGAGCCUGGUGAAGAAACUGAAGGAGAAGAAAGAUGAGCUCGACUCCCUCAUCACAGCUAUCACUACCAACGGUGCCCACCCCAGCAAGUGUGUGACCAUUCAACGGACCCUUGACGGACGGCUGCAGGUGGCGGGGCGAAAAGGAUUCCCUCAUGUAAUCUAUGCCCGUCUGUGGCGAUGGCCUGACCUGCACAAAAAUGAGCUGAAGCAUGUGAAAUACUGUCAGUACGCUUUUGAUCUGAAGUGUGACAGUGUGUGCGUGAAUCCCUAUCACUAUGAAAGAGUGGUGUCUCCUGGCAUUGACCUAUCAGGAUUGACUCUGACCGGUCCUGGUCCCAGCUCAUCACGACCAAUCAAGGACGAGUAUGAUUUUGAUGGGCCGCAGAGUAUCCCCUCUGUUGAGGGGGGGCACUCUCUUCAGACCAUCCAGCACCCUCCGUCCAGUAACCGUCCCCCUCAAACCGAAUCCUUUCCAACCCCGAGCCUGCUCCCACCCACCGAGGCGUCCGCCUCGGCAUCAGCAUCGUCCUUUCCACCUAUUCCUGCAGCUUCAAGCAGUGCCAGCUCCAACUGGCCCAGAAACAGUGUUUUCCCGCCCAGCAUACCCCACCACACCAACGGUCAUCUUCAACACCACCCUCCAAUGCCGCAUCCGACGCACUACUGGCCAGUGCACAAUGAGCUCGCCUUUCAGCCCCCUAUAUCGAACCAUCCAGCUCCUGACUACUGGUGUUCCAUCGCUUAUUUUGAGAUGGACGUUCAGGUCGGGGAGACYUUUAAAGUGCCAUCUUCUUGCCCCAUUGUGACUGUGGACGGAUACGUUGACCCCUCCGGAGGAGACCGCUUCUGUUUGGGCCAGCUCAGCAAUGUACAUCGCACUGAAGCUAUCGAGAGAGCUCGACUCCACAUUGGAAAAGGAGUCCAGCUGGAGUGCAAAGGUGAAGGAGAUGUGUGGGUGCGGUGCCUCAGUGACCACGCUGUGUUUGUUCAGAGCUACUACCUGGACAGAGAAGCUGGCCGAGCUCCAGGGGAUGCUGUUCACAAAAUCUACCCGAGUGCUUAUAUCAAGGUGUUUGACCUUCGUCAGUGCCACAGACAGAUGCAGCAGCAGGCUGCUACAGCUCAGGCAGCAGCAGCCGCACAAGCAGCGGCCGUGGCAGGAAACAUACCUGGACCUGGAUCAGUGGGAGGGAUCGCUCCAGCUAUCAGUCUGUCUGCAGCAGCUGGGAUCGGGGUGGACGACCUGCGCAGGCUGUGUAUCCUCAGGAUGAGUUUCGUUAAAGGCUGGGGCCCUGACUACCCCCGCCAGAGCAUUAAGGAGACCCCGUGUUGGAUUGAAAUCCACCUGCACAGAGCUCUGCAGCUCCUGGAUGAGGUCCUCCACACCAUGCCUAUAGCAGACCCCCAACCUCUAGACUGAGAUCUUCCCAGCAGCAGCUUCACACCUAAACUCCCAGAAACUACGGAAAGUCUUCCUCAGUGGUGGAGAAGGUGAAAUCAAACUCAUCAUAGAAACGUUUUUAUUUUUUUUUUAGAUGUGUUUGAACGUUUUGUGCACUGUGGCUGUGUUUGCUCCUGAUAAAAACAUAAAACCAAAGCCAUACAUUAAAGUCAUGGUAAUCGUUUUGACAGGUGGCUUUGGUAUUUUUUAUUUUUAUAUUUUCGACUGAGCAGAAAAAGAGGUUGCAGAUUCUUAAAAUUAAAAUUGCACAUAGAGGACCAGAUCCUGUGAAACUGGAACACGAACAGACACAGCCAGCAGCGACUGAGGGACUUCAGACAUUAGAGAAGCACCGUCAGGGUGCUAGAACGCCUGUUUUACUCCUGUGGGUUUUCAUCAAAUACACCUCACUCAGCGUCACUCGAAAGGCGCUGGUGCUGGAACAGAGCARGCCAGACCAUCACAGGCAUUCACAGGUUUCACACAAACAAACCACGUCUGCAGCUGGCUCUCAACCUCUGAACUGAAACAUGUCUGGACUUGUCCUGGUCGGGUUUAGUCAAAACUACAGGUUUGGACUUCCACCGGGACAAGUUUCAAGAGUGGGUGUGUGUGCACACAGUAGAUGGGAAAUCGUUUGUUUCCCUCGUGUCUAUUAAAUGAGAUGAAGUAGCAAUGAGAACUCCCGGUUCAUAUGUUUAACAGUAAAGUUCAGCUUUAGAUGUCAGAUCUGUGGUUUUGACACACAUGCAGAUAUAUUUACAGUGACUGAUUUAACUGUGAUUCUAACAUUUCUCAAGGAAAACCUAACCACAUUUUUGUCUUCUUUUGUUUUUGCCUGGACACAAAUUUGGACAGUGUCUCUUUAUGCCUUCAGAAAGCUCUCUGCCCUUUUUUUUUUUUUUUUUACGGUCAUGCACCGUAGAAACAAAAACAAGCUUUGAUGCUUUUGGUUUUGUAGGAAUGAUGCAAGAAAGCAAAGAAGAUUGUAAUACAAAGAUUAUAGUUUGAUUGUUUUUGGUGAUCCAAAGUAAUGUUUUUUUACAGGCAUAAAACAGUGGUGUUCCUURAAAACUUCCUUAAAUUUUAAAUAUUUUUAAAAAUUUUGACUCAUUAAGAACCAUCAUAACAUAACUAUUUAUUCCUUGAUCCAGGUUUUGAGUAGUUUACCAAAAAAAAAAGAAGAGACAUUUGGACAUUACUUACUAAAGCUGACAUAUCUGAGGGUGGUUAUUUUGAUUAAGUAAGUUGUAUACUUGUAGCACUUUAUUUUGUCUGGUUUAAGUCAAUAACCAGAAUCAACACCACAUUGUCCUGCGAUAUUUUAAGUUUUAGUAGAAACAUACUGUUUAUAACACUAAGAUUGUCUCCUUUUUUAUUUUACACUUUCACUAAGCAUUCACAAAAUAUUUAUGGGUUUAAUUUUGGCUAGACUAGUUUUUUUUCCCUCAUUAAUCCAUGUAAAUAACAUUAUUUUCCUUUUUAAAUGCAUGUCUGCAUGGAGUUUUAUGUCAUAAACCUCUCUUAACUUUUAGAAAUAGAAUGUAUAUUUUUCCUGCAUUAUGUGGGGAAAUCUGAGAYUUUAUAGAAAGCAGAGCCUGUUGGAUAUUGGUGUUAGUUUUGCUAGUUUACGGACAGGAAGAUGCUGGAAAGUUGUCAUUUAACUAAUAAAGAAAACUAGCCUAGUGUUUAGCUGAGGCUAACGAUCUUCCAAAGUACAAUUUAACCAGAAGCCUUUAUUUUAGGUUUUUAUUUUAUUUUUUUAAAGCGGUAAGUUUUUGUUUUUCACAAGUGCUGGAACUUACAAAGAUUUUUGCUCCAUGCUGCACAUGACUCUGUUGCUUUAAAGGCCUUUGUUGCAGAUUACACAUUUCAUGCUCGGACUCAGUUUUCCCACCGUUCACUGUGUUCUGACAAUCUGUUAACAAAGCUGCAUGACAAGGAUUUUUUAAACUGGCUUUUCACGGUUUGCUGUCCGACAGAUGAGGUAAAACCCGAGCAGCAGUUUUACUCUUGAUGAGAUGUUUUCACUAAGGUUUAUUCAGCUGAAUGAAAUGAAACUGUAUUUUAUGAAAAAAAGAAAAACAUAUUGAAAGUAUUUAACAGGAUGUGCUUUUAAGGUGGACAGAUGUUUUUUAAAUGACUUUCUGGUAUUAUAGGAGUUAAGACAGCCCAGCUGAGUUUGUGUUGACUACUAUGACAGAUUGCAGAUAUCAAUUUUACCUGUUUCUCAUGUGAGAAUCUACCAUUAAAUACAGCCUGAUUUUA